GUUUCCCACGGAACAGUUUUCUUCCAGUUGAGGUCACAUCUAUGGGGAAUUCGACUGGCAAAAGACCGGCUUCCCUCGUUCAGCACCCUUCCAAAAAGCGGAAGCUGAACAAGAACCCGUCUUCCAAAUCCAAACCAAAAACGACUACCAAGAGGAAGGACGCAAUCAAAGAAACAAUCGACAUACCGGAUGCAGCUGUUGAGGACAAGGAUAUUCUUUCUGACCAAGAUAUUGACCUUCUGGAUACGUAUGGAGGUGCAGCAGAAUUCUUGAAUUCUCUUGACAGGAACGGAAUAUCCAGGAGUAAGCAGGAGACAAAACGAUUGCGCCAAUUGGAUGCACCAUGGAGAAAGGUCCCGGUCAUCGACGACCUUCCUUCUGUAGAUUCUCAUGAUGAGGAUGAGGGAUUUUGGAACUCUGAAAUCAGUGACGAUGAAUUCCUGGACUCUUCAGACGACCUUGAUUCCAUGUCUAACUCUUCGCGCGAAAAUGCUGACGGUUUCGAUUCUGAUGUUGAAAUGCCUUACGAAGUUGCGCCUCGGAAAUUACAGUGGCGUUCGCAAAUCGAGACACAGGGUACAGAACGACUUCCUAUCAAGUUAAAGGACGGCAGGAUCCAAAAAACUGGUAGAAGCGUUGCGCUGUUGCCUGUUGCUGUGGAAGCGCAGUCUGAGUCAGAUGGCGAAAUGACGAACGAAAUGAUGAACGAGAAACCCAUACGCGACGAUGCUGCUACUGGGGCACGAUUCGGUCGACUAGCGGUAAUUGAUAUCUUGGCAAAUAAAUCGCGCCAGGCCAAAAUACAAACUGCAAAGGAUCAAAUUGCCAGCAUUUGUCAAGAGAUACUUUCUGAUCCAGAGAACUCACUUAUCCUUCUCAAACGACUACAUGCGUUCUCUUUACCGUCAGUAUCAUCGGCCACAUAUCCUGAGCCCAUUCCCAAUGAUCCUCUGAUCCAAAAACUCGCAUUUCUGUCUCAGAUGGCCGUGUAUAAAGAUAUCAUUCCGGGAUAUCGUAUUCGCUCCCUGACCGACAAAGAAAGAUCUGAAAAAGUCAGCCAGGCUGUCGCUCGAACUCGAGAGUUUGAGCAAGGUUUAGUCUCGGUCUAUCAAAACUAUCUGCGCGUGUUGGAAGCCGAACUCAAAGCGCGCAAUGACUUGUCGGAGACGGCUUUGCAAUGUAUAUGUUCGUUGCUAACAGAGCUUGUGCAUUUUAAUUUCCGUGUAAACCUCAUGAGCUGUGUCGUCGCCCAAUUGAGUAAGAAAUCAUGGAGUAAGACAUCACAACUUUGCCUCGACACGAUCAUUGAAGUCUUUCGAAAUGACUUAACUGGCGCUGCUUCUCUGGAGUUAGUUCGCCUUAUCAAUCGUAUGAUCAAAGAAAAGCAUUUCAACGUUCAUCCCGCCGUAUUAUCAUGUCUUCUACACCUGCGCCUGAAAAGUGAACUAGGCGUUCGCUCUUCGGAGUCAAAGGCCGACAAACAAACUUGGCCUGUUGCUCAAAGCCGAUCCAAGGGGAAGGAUGCAGCAAGGAGAGCCAAGGGUAAAACAUCGAAUCAACCUCAUCUCAGUAAGAAAGCUCUCAAAGUCCUCAAGGAGAAGAAAGAGAUCGAACGCGAAUUUCGGGACGCAGAAGCAGAGGUAGAUAAAGAGGAACGAGCAACGACUCAUACGGAAACCUUGAAACUCAUGUUUGUGCUGUAUUUCGGAAUUCUCAAAAAUUCGACCCCAACACUCUUACUCCCUGCUGCACUUGAAGGGAUUAUCAAAUACGCCCACCUAGUCAAUAUUGAUUUUUUCAGAGAUCUCAUGCAAGUGCUUCGGGGUUUAAUUUUGUCUGACCCCGACGGCGAUCAGGAAGCUAGUUUGAAAAACAUCCUCAUGAUACAACAUCGGUUGCUAUGCAUCGUUACCGCUUUCGAACUUCUCUCUGGUCAAGGAGAGGCUCUAAACAUGGAUCUCAGUGAUAUCAUAUCUCACCUAUAUGCAAUAAUUCUUCCUCUCGCGCUGAUACCGGCUUUGGAAUUUUCAUCGGAACCUGCGACUCCUUCUCUGGCAGAUAUGUUGUUCCGGGCCUUGAACAUUGUAUUCUCACCAAGAACGCUUGGUAGCACAGCGCCUUCAUGGCAAUCCGCCGCCUUUGCUAAACGUCUACUUAGCUCGUGUAUGCAUUGGUCUGCUCCUGUGGUUGUUCGCACACUACAAUUUGUCCAGGGUCUGGUUGUAAAAGACCCUCGGCUUCAAGCCUUACUGUCGACAGAAGAUAGAUCAUUUGACGGGGUCUACCGACCUGAUCUUGACGACCCACAACUGUCGAAUUCUUUCGGAACUUGUCUCUGGGAAGUUUACGCUUUGAAAACCGGCCACCUAGAUCCACAAGUCAAAAUGGAGGCAGAAAAGCUCUUGAUGGGUUCUUCGUGAGCGAUGUUUCGUGACAAGGACAGCACGCUAUCGGAGAAAGGAUAGAUAGGAAGAAUAUCAUAGUUUAUAUCUCGUUGGACAACAAAUGCUUCGAAUUCUUUCCUUGCUGUCAAAACCCUUCUUUGUGGCCUAUCAUGAGCUCUGACACUUGAUUCUCCACUCUUGUGUACCUUCACACAUGUCUUCGAUCAAUUUGUCAAUUGUCAAUGCGCUCUCAAACGACGCGAAUGCCCAUUCCUGAAUAUCCGU